AUGACUUCGAAAGAACUGGCUCUUGUCGGAGGACUAAAAAACUUGACUCACUUGGAAAUCAGUUCUGGCUCAUUAACAACAAUUCCGACAGAAAUUCGGCAAAUUGGCACUCUUACUCAUUUGUCGAUACAAUCAAACCGAUUACAACAACUCGAUCACUCCUCGUUAUCAAUUCUGGAAUCACUUAAAAAAGUGCGAAUCGGAGGCAAUUCGACGCGAUUCGCGUGCGACUGCGAUUCACCAACUGAUCUCCAACGAUGGCUACUCGACGCGAAGAAUCGCGUGCGAGUCGAAGACAUCGACGAUGUUUACUGCGAUCUUAACAAGAUUGGCGUUGUGCCAAUCAUCGAAGCGUUGCCGGGCACCAACGAGAGCGUGUGUGUCGAACCGACGGAGGAAACAAAGCAAUGGAUGAUAUUCGUGGAUAAUGCGAAAAAGGAAAUGCAGAACGAGACGAUUGCUACAACACAGAGCACCUCGGUUGGACCAGAGUAUACGAUUGAAUCGGAAACGACUAGCAAAACUACAACAACAAGACUGAAAACAUCAAGCUCCUCAAUUUCUCGAGGAACGACAACAAGUCUCAAAAUGGCAGAACCAACUGAAACAGUCAAAUUGCGAAAGAAAUUCCACGAUGUGGAGAAUGAGGAGCCGCACAAGUUUGUCAAUGCUCUCAUCUUCAUUCUUUUCAUUUGCGUCCUAAUUCUUAUCAUUUCAAUCGGAGUUACUAUAUAUUACAAAUUUCUUCAUCCCGACAAAGAAUUAUUCAAAAGAAAAAAGGCCUCACGAGAGCAUCUGCAACCAUUGAAACACGAACCUCACAAUUCUUCCUAA